UUUUAUUUAUCAGUCGGGUGUAGAUUAUCAAUUAUUCUUAGUUACCAUAAUUUUAGAAAUAUUCUAACUAUAAAGUUCCAAAACAACCAUGAAAGUUAACGUAUUGUUAAAAAAGGCGAUUGCUGUGCGAUUUUACUAUACCUAGAUGAUUAAGUAAAUGUGAAUAAUAAAUAUUAUUGUAAUCUACUUAACCAGGUGGUUAAAAUGCUUUAAGGUAUAAAGGUAUUUGAUCAAAAGCGGCUCAGAAAAAUAAUGACCCGGAUUUUGGAUAAGGAAGGAAAAAAAAUGAAAAUCCUACCAGCUGAGACUACAGAGAGGUGGACUAUUCCUCUAUGGGGCGAUGUCCAUAAGAAUAAUCCUCAACAAGCCCUUUUAUAUGAUGCAGACCCUAAAAUAUGGAUGAAAAAUACAAAAUACGACAUAUCUCGAUUGGACUGCGACUCAAAAAAAACAAGAAACUAUCAGAAAAAGCCUUCACAGAAUAAAUCCAAAAUGUGGAAACAUCAACUCAGAGCAAUACUAUGGAAGAACUUUCUGAUUCGCAAGAGACACUGGUUACUCACAAUAAUGGAAGCCACAAUACCCAUACUAAUAUUCCUAAUGGCUGCCUAUGGAAGAAGUAAGAUUACUUCAAUAUCCAAGGUGACCAUUCAAGAUGUCACGAUCAAUGAGAAAGAGGAAAUCACAUUCGACAAACCCGGUUUCGAUUUGGCGGAUACUUUGUUUUUCUACAGCCCUUCUAAUGAAUACUUUGAUGAUUUGAUACAUCGAGUACAGGAAAAGUUCCAAGUCCCUAGCAAUACUAUUCAGGGAUUUAAGAAUGAGCAUCGGUUGCUAGAACAGUUUGCGAAAACCAGCAACAGCUCUGUUAUUCCUAUUAUUUUCCAUUCUGCUGCUGGGUCGCCUAAUUUGGAAUACACCAUUAGACAACCACAAAAAAGAUCGUCCGAAGACUUUUCGUGGGAAACUAGCCAAAUGUACUCGAACACAAUGGGAUAUAGACCAGGAAUGGGAACUCCAUACUUGUAUCAAGGGUUCCUAGCCCUACAAAAAUCCAUAGACAUGUCGUUUAUCGAAAAGGAAAAGGAAAAACAGGGAGGUAAACUUCCCAAAACCGACAUUCAACUGCAGGAAUUUCCAUAUCCUCCAUAUAAAUUGGACAGCGGAAUGUCUAACUUUUUCAUGAACCUUUUGCCCUUGAUGACAUUGUUCAGUUUCCUAUUUGUGAUUCCCUUAGUACUAAAAAGGAUAGUUGAGGAAAAAUAUACCGGAAUCAAGGAAUUAAUGAAAAUGGUAGGCAUACAAACUUGGAUGUUAUGGCUGGGAUGGUUCAUACACAGCGUAUUACCGAUGCUAGUAUCAAUAACCUUUAUUGUAAUUCUUUUAAAAGUUGAUAUAUUUGAGGCAGGGUACGCUGCCAUUGAAUAUACAGAUGGGACGAUACUUUUUGCGUUUUUGCUGCUUUAUAUCUUCGCAAAUACGAUAGUGUGCUUUUUUAUCAGCACAUGGACCCACAGACCCUUUCUGUCGACAUUAUUGGGACAAUUAUUUUUAAUUGUUUUGUCUUACAUACUCCCUAAAUUUCUCAUUGGUAAAAAGCCUGAAGUCCCAUUUUCGACAAGUAUUUUGCUAAUGUUAUUCCCAAAUAUGGGACUGCAUUAUGGUUUUCUUGCUAUACAACAAUACGAAGUUAGAGAAAUUGGUGUAAAUUGGUCAAACUUCCACCAACCUGGAGCAAACGGUUCCAACGACAUUUCAAUGUUUAACGUAUUUGUUAUGCAGAUAAUCGAUUGCUUCAUUUACAUGUUGCUGGCCCUCUAUGUAGACGCUAUAAAUCCUGGAAAAUAUGGCAUGCCAAAAUCCAUAUUUUUCCCUUUCAAAAAAUUGCUUAGCUUUUUCAAAGGGCAUAAUGAUGUUGAUAUUGAAAAAGGAGCAGAGUCCUUCCAUUUGCAAGAUCACGAAAAAUCAAAACUAACUAAAGGUAUCGAAUUAAUAGAUUUGCAGAAAAAAUACGGCAAGAAGACUGUAGUUAAAAAAUUAAAGAUGGAAAUCUACCAAGAUCAAAUUACGGUGCUGCUGGGUCAUAACGGUGCCGGAAAAUCUACUACAAUGGGAAUGAUAACCGGUAUGAUCAAAAAAACAGCUGGCACAAUCAUUAUCAACGGAAAAGAAGUACAAUCCAGAUCUGACAUAACCGAAUCACUCGGUCUCUGCCCGCAAGAGAACUUAUUUUUUCCUACCUUGACUGUGGCAGAGCAUUUGAUGUUUUUUGCAAUGUUGAAAGGCAAAAGUUGUCAAGAAUCUGAACACGAAAUACAAGACCUUUUACCCAAAUUACAUCUUAGUGACAAAAAAGACUCUUUGGCUCACAAACUGUCUGGCGGUAUGAAAAGAAAGCUUUGCCUUGGAAUGGCAGUUGUUGGAGGAUCAAAGAUUUUGAUACUGGAUGAACCAUCGUCAGGAAUGGAUCCGCAAUCUCGUAGAGAAAUGUGGGAUUUGCUACAUAACUGGAGAAAUGAAAAAACAAUUCUAAUCACCACACAUUUUAUGGAAGAAGCUGAUGCGCUUGGCGACUGGAUUGCUAUUAUGAACGAAGGAGAACUAAAAUGCUAUGGUACCCCAAUGUAUCUAAAGAAGCUAUAUGAAACUGGUUCCAAUUUGAUUCUACUUAUUAAAAAAGACAAAGAUGUUACAGAGGCGGUUGAAAACCUUGAAAAAGUAAUAAAGACCGAAUUCAACUCAGCAAAAUGCAAAGGUAUCAACGGCCAUGAGGUCCGAUUCUUACUUCCUGAAGGCAACUACAUUAAAUUGUUUGAAUUCUUGGAAUCCAACAAGGACAAAUAUGGCAUUGAAAAUAUUUCUUUCACUUGCACCACUCUUGAAGAUGUGUUUUUGAGUCCCAAAGUGACUGAGCACGAGGAAGAUGAUGAAUAUGUUAACAGCGACUUGAGAUCCAUUGCAAGAUCAAAAGAAUCUGCCUUCUACCUGACCUUGAAAGCUUUACUUUUCAAGAGAUACCAAUUCAUUUUCAGAAAAUCCAUGUUUUACAUAAUUCCAACUCUUGUGGCUUUUCUUUUUAUCGGAUUGUGCGUCUAUAUGGGUUCCCAAAAACAAGAUUAUACAGGUGAUAGUGGACCUCCCUUGAAAAUGUCUUUGAGCACUUACGGCAAAACAACAGUUUAUUUAAAUACUACUGGUGACUCUGAAAUUGGCAAAAUUUACGAGCGAUUGGUUUCAGAUCAGAAUGGCAAGUUGAAUUUUGCCAGUGAUGUUUCUCGAAGUAUUAUCGCAGCAGGUACAGAGAAUUUGCCCUAUUACCAUCAGCACAUGAUUGCAGCAGCUGAAAUUUCUACAAGAGAGUCUAGAGGACAAAAAAUAAUCGAGGCUGUAGCCCUAUUUAACAACUUUCCACUACACUCUGCACCAAUUUCCUUCAACCUGCUAACCAAUACUAUUGCAAAAUAUACCUUGGGAGAUCAGUACUCAAUUUUAACCACAAACUACCCACUGGGUUUCAAGAACAAGGAUAAUGCUACAGACAAUGUGGACGUUGUUGAAAUUAUUAUCUUAUGGCUAGCAGUGAUGCCUUGGGGGUUCCUAUUCUUUGUUGGCAGUUUCAUCUAUUUCCCCUACGUGGAAAUGUCUACAAAGUUCACUCAACUUCAGUUCAUGUGCGGAGUGAGACCUGCUGUUUAUUGGCUGACUACUUUUGCUGCCGAUUUUGUUAUUUAUUUGCUAUUUGCACUCGUAAUGUGUCUUAUUUAUACUUUAUGCUGGACACCUUUCCGUGGAAUUAAAGAAUUUGGUGCACUCUAUUUAGUCCUAGCAUUGUACGGCGCAUGCGCAAUACCCUACUCCUACUUAUUUGCCAGAUUGAAAUCAUUUGCCUCAGCUUACUCACAUUUCAUCACAAUUGGAUCAUUUACGGGAAGUCUCUUAACGAUUGGCGUAAUGGCUUUACAAGAAGUUCCCGAAGGAGGUUAUAAACAAGCGGGCAACAUUCUAAAUGUAAUAUUUUUGAUAACUUGUCCCCAAUACGGUCUUAUUUAUUGGGGCCUAAGGUUCUCACUCAAGGUCAUUGAGAAUUACAACUUUGAUCACAGUGAUGAGCUGCGUCGUCUUGUAAUAUGCUCUAGCGAUCAAAGAAAUCCUUGUUGCGAUGGAAUCGGGCCUGCUUGUGAUGCUUGGAAGAGCUACAGGAAUUCUGAAAUUUAUUAUAUGCUUUUAUGUGCUGUGAUUUAUCUUCUUGUGAAUAUGAUACUAGAUAGUUAUUUGAGAAAAAGAGUUAUGAAUUGGAUUCGUAAUAUCUUCACCAAGCAUUACAAUAGGAUACCAAAUCCUCCAGACACUGCCGAAGAAUUAGCUGACCACGGUACUUUACGAGUAAAAAAAUUAAAGAAGUUUUAUUCGGGCAAGCAAGUAGUCAAGGAUGUGAGCUUGAAUUUGAAGAAAGGACAAUGCUUGGGUAUUUUGGGAGUUAAUGGAGCAGGCAAAACAACCACGUUCAAAAUGUUAACCAGGGAAGAAGUUAAAGAUAAUGGGGAUAUCAAAAUUAAUGCUCAUAGUGUUGAAAAUGAUGAGUAUUUGAAGAGGUUAGGGUAUUGUCCACAGAACGACGCGUUGAACUAUUCCUUAACGGGAAGGGAUAUUUUGAAAACCAUGGCUAUGUUACGAGGAAUACAAGAUGAUCUGAUAGUUGAUCAAUUUUUGGAUUUAUUCGGUCUGAAAAAAAUCGCCGACAUCAAAUGUGAACAUUACAGCGGCGGUAACAAGCGCAGACUGAGCUUUGCAGUUGCCGUGAUCGGUUUCCCAGAUUUCAUUUUGCUGGAUGAACCAACCAACGGCGUCGACCCAUUAUCCAGGCGGAAGUUUUGGUCUCUGAUUAAAAAAAUCCGAGACAUGAAACAAAACUCGUUUAUUUUGACAUCACACAGUAUGGCCGAAUGUGAGGCUGUAUGCAACGACUUAAAAAUUAUGAAAGAAGGAACUAUAAAGAAGGAAGGUCCAAUAGCUCAACUAAAGAAUGAAGUAUGCGGCUUUAAUGUGAUGCUAAAGCUCAAACAAGGUAAUGAUGCAGGCUAUGAUGACGUAGAUGGAGGACCAGGCAGACCACAAAUCACAACCAUUACUGAGCUGAAGGAUCAUCUUCAGGAGAAAUUUCCAACUGGAAAAAUCAGAGACGAGCACUCAGGCAUGAUUCAUUAUUAUAUAGAAUCUAAAGAAAAAAGAUGGUCGCAACUUUUUGGCCUGUUUGAAGAACUAAAGCUGAAAUCCACAUUGAUUGAAGAUUAUGCUAUCAGUGAAGCUUCUUUGGAGGAUGUAUUUUUGAAUGUCGCGAGAAACGACGAUGAUAAUGAUGAGGAGGAAAAACUGUGAAAAGUGAGAGAAAUCCUCCAAGAUUGUGUUAUAUAUGUUUGCUUUUACCCUGGCCCUAUAAAAAAUCACAGACACUCCGGGAAAUAAAAUUUUCAGUGCGGUGCAUCGAUUUAUAGGGUGUGAAAAAUGAGUUAAUUUUUACAAUUUAUAUGAUAAUUUUGAUUAGAAAUGUUAAAUUUACUACUGUUGGUGAUAAAUAUUUGAAUCUGUGAUACAUUUUGAAGGUUAAUAAACUUAUCAUAAUGUCUAAAAUUUCAAGGCUUGUAUAAGUAUUAUUUUGUCAGUUACUUUAUACAAAAAAAAAAAUUGACAGUAUAUGUUGAAUUUGUGUAUAAAAGCCAAACUUUUGGUAAUUACUAAUUAGAGGUAAGUAUACUUAUGGCAGCUAAAUAAAAAUGCAUAAGAUGUUUCGAAAAAGUUAUAUGCCCGUAUUACAUCUGUGUAUUUUUCCACGUAUUUAUUCAUGUAGUUCAGGGUGCCAACAUUAUUUUGUUUUUCAUAAUGCUGAUUUAUGUUGCGUUUGAAGUUUUUUGGUUGUCACCCUGAACUCCAUGAAUAAAUACACAGAUGUAAUACAGGCAUUACUCAAGUAAAUUUUCAAUCACUACUGCAAGCUUUUUGCUUAUACAUACUUGGGAAAAUCAAGUUAUUUUCAAUUGUCAGUAUAGCUCUAAAAUAAGAUAUUUAGGUGCACUUAAUGGCAAAGCACUUUAAUCAAAUGCUAAUAUUAACAAUAAUUUCACAAAAAUCCUCUAUUUUGUCUACAAAUGUUUUUUUCAAUUUUAGUCCAAGUCGAAUUCUAGCAAAAUGUGGAUAGCCAUACAAUUUUUAUUCAAAAUAGAAGGAAAAUUCACGUCCUGAAUGGAAAAGUCUUGUUUUGUUAACAUCUAUAAAUAAAUAUCUAAGUUGUAUUGGUGUAUUUUCAAUUAUUGGGAAUCAAUUAAUAAAGGCAUUAAUUUACUUAAUGUAUUGUGUAACAUAUUUUUAUAGGUAUUUCACAUAACAAUAAAAUAUAAAUAAAGUGUUUUGAUAUAA